GAAGAAGGAGGACAUUUCUGCGGCGGUUCGGUUCUGUUCGGCGGCAUGAUGCAGAAGCUGCUCCUCGCGCUCGCGGCGGUUCUGUCCGUGGUUCUGACCCGCGCGGACGAAGACCCGCCACGAAUGAAGAGGUUCAAAAACCUGCAGGUAUCCAACUUCGACUGGAAGAACUGCUGGAAGCCCGACGCUCCGGCCCUGCUGAAGACCCUCAGCGUGUCUCCAGACCCCAUCGCCAUCCCGGGGGAUCUGACCGCCGCCGCCUCCGGGUCCACGUCUGUGGAGCUGGACGCUCCUCUGUCUCUGAACGUGACUCUGAAGAAGGAGGUGGCGGGGAUCUGGGUGAAGGUCCCGUGUCUGGACCAGCUGGGCAGCUGCCACUACCCGGACGCCUGCGACCUCCUGAACCAGCUGAUCCCGCCGGGGCAGGACUGUCCGGAGCCGCUGCACACCUACGGCCUGCCCUGCCACUGCCCCUUCAAAGCCGGCUCGUACUCGCUGCCGCAGUCCGAGUUCUACCUGCCCAACGUGGACCUGCCGUACUGGCUGACCAACGGGAAGUACACGGUCCAGGGAGUCCUGGGCCUUCCGGGUCAGGAGCUGGGCUGUCUGGAGAUCGCUCUGUCCCUCCACUCCGACUGAGGCGCCGCCCGGAAACCCCACUUCCAGCCAGACUUUCAAAAUAAAAGCUCUUCAGGAAAUCAGGCUGAAGCAGUUUGCUGCAGAAAUCUUUCAAAUUCAGACGUUAGAAAAGUUAAACUGUUUCUUUUUUUAUAAAUGAUUUAAAGUUUUCUUAGAUUUCAUCUAAAGGUGCCGUCUUUUAAAGUUUGUCUUUUUUAUUGCUGCCUGUUUUAUCGUUUGUAUGAACGGAUGGACUUCACGAACUCGCUGUCGCACUUUACUCUGGACUCAAAGGAAACCCGAAACGUGUUCUGUUCAUAGAGAACCACAGAAACGGGAAGAACCGUUUCCAAACCCAGACAGGAGCUGAUGCAUCAGAUGUUCCUCCUACCGUCAGCAAAUGUCCAGAAGAUCCUCAGUUAUGAUGAGAAACUUCUUCUUCUGGACCCAAACCGAACCGCAGGUCAUUACAGAUCCAACUGGGUCACAAACAGAACCUCGUUUUAGCAUCAGCUGAAUCAAAACCUCCUCAUGUGACCAUAAAGUUUAUCGUCUGAGAAACAAAACAGUUUUUAUACAGAAAUCUUAAACAGAAACUCUUAUUUUGACAGUUUAUUGUGCAUCACUUCCUGCUGUUCUCUGAUGUCAAAGUGUUUCUUUCUGUGGAAAUAAAAGAACUUUGACUUCA